CGGAGUACAAGGACAGUCACAUUAGACAACCGUCGCCUCCUGAAAGGUACCAAGACACGCAAGAUCCCUGCCUCUCCGUCACGGAAGGCCCUUGAGAUCUCUACUAGCUGCAAACAAAGUAUAUUUGGUAGCCCUCACCAAGAUAAACCUUUUCGUGGAUUCAUAGAAAAGCCAAGAUGGGCUACAGGUACAAGUCGCCGAGAAGCCACAAGGAGACAACAAGAACCGCUUCUCAAAACCCUUGCGCCCAACUUCUACCCUGAAACCCUUGGAAAUUUGAAGAGUUUCUUAACGCAAGUCGUCGAGGUCCUCAGUAACCCCAAGGAGUAUGCAAUCAACCAAUGGGUGGAUCGACAGGGGGGGCUCGACAGACUUCCGAGAGACCAAGACAAGAUGGUGAGACGCCUCCAAGCUGGGGAAAAGCGCCAGGAACUUCAUGCAUGCAUAAUAAAUUGCGUUAUGAGCUCCUUUGUGCUCGGGACGUCCCUCUUGCUUCUUAAAGCCAUUACUGCCGUGAACACCUAA